AUGGCGGCUGCUGCCUGUGUGACCAGCCUGGCCGAUGAAGUCAACUGCCCCAUCUGCCAAGGCACCCUGAGGGAGCCGGUCACCAUCGACUGUGGCCACAACUUCUGCCGCAGCUGUCUUAUCCGCUACUGCGAGCUUCCAGGCCCAGAACCCGAGGAGCGCCUAACUUGUCCGCUUUGCAAGGAGCCCUUCCGUCCAGGGGACUUCCGGCCCAACUGGCAGCUGGCCAGCGUGGUGGACAACAUUGAGCGCCUCCAGCUGGUGUCCCUGGAGGGCCCAGUAGAAGAGAACGCCUGCCAGGAGCAUGGGGAGAAGGUCUAUUUCUUCUGUGAGGAUGACCACAUGCAGUUAUGCGUGGUGUGCCGACAGGCCCAGGAGCAUCGGGCCCACACUGUGCGCUUCCUGGAAGAUGCUGCAGAGCCCUACCGGGAACAAAUACAAAAGUGUCUUGAGUGUCUAAGGAAUGAGAGAAAGGAAAUUCAAGUGAUCCAGUCAAGAGAAAAUCAAAGGAUACAAGUCCUCCUGACUCAGGUGGCCACCAAGAGACAAAAGGUAGUUUCUGAGUUUGUGCAUCUAAGCCAGUUCCUGGAGGAACAACGGAGCAUCCUCAUAGACCACUUGGAUAGGCUUGAUGGGGACAUUUUAAAGCAGCGGGAAGAGUUUGAUCUUCUGGUCAAUGGAGAGAUCUGCCGCUUCAGUGCUCUGAUUGCCGAGCUAGAAGAGAAGAAUGAGAGGCCAGCAAGAGGACUCCUGACGGAUAUCAGAAGCACUCUAAUAAGAUGUGAAACCAGAAAGUGCCGGAAACUAGAGUCUGUGUCCCCUGAGUUGGGCCAGAGGAUUCGAGCCUUCCCCCAGCAGGCUUUCCCACUGCAGAGGGAGAUAAAGACAUUUUUGGAAAAACUCAGCUUUGAGUUGGACUAUGAUUCAGCUCACAUUUCUCUAGAUCCCCAGACUUCUCACCCCAAGCUCCUCUUGUCUGAGGACCACCGGCGGGCUCAGUUCUCCUACAAAUGGCAGAACUCACCAAACAACCCUCAACGUUUUGACCGGGCCACCUGUGUUCUGGCCCAUGAAAGUUUCACGGGGGGGAGACACACAUGGGUGGUGAGUGUAGACUUGACCCAUGGGGGCAGCUGUACCAUGGGUGUGGUAAGGGAAGAUGUGCAGGAAGAUGUGCAGCGGAAGGGGGAGCUGCGGCUGCGGCCAGAAGAGGGGGUGUGGGCAGUGAGGCUGGCAUGGGGCUUUGUCUCGGCUCUGGGCUCCUUCCCCACAAGGUUGACCCUGGAGGAGCAGCCCCGGCAGGUGCGAGUGUCUCUGGACUAUGAGGUAGGGUGGGUGACCUUUGUCAACGCUGUCACCCAUGAGCCAAUCUACACCUUCACAGCCUCCUUCACUGGGAAGGUCUUUCCUUUCUUUGGGCUCUGGGGCCGAGGAUCCAAUUUCUCCUUGAGCUCCUGA